AUGCCAUCGCUGUCAAUUGAAGCUCUUGUGGAGGAACGUGUGGCACAGCUCGAAGUAAUCUCACACCGCAGAAAUGAACUCCUUCGCGAAAUGUACCGUAUGAUGAGGAGACGACAAAACGCAGGUUCCACAUCUAUGAUUGCGAAAAGUUUGUGGCAUCAUCCACCAGAUUGGUUCGUUAAUGUGCUCAUUCCCGCCAGUCCCGAUUCGGGCAUGGUAUCAAAUAUUCUACCGAGCGAACUGUGUGCCACUUCAUCAUCUCCAAUUGCUGGUGAAUUCAAAUUAAUAGAGCUGCCGGACGUCAUCGAUGCAGAUUCCCCCAUGUCAGAGCCUCCUGCUUCACCUCGCUCCGAAUCAUCUGUAUUACUUCAAGUUCCAGAAUCUGAUGAUCCCUUAGCCGCAUCGAUACCGGAAGGGUCACCUCCCCGCGCCACUCCCGUGUCACAUAAACGCCCGAGACCAGACGACGAGCCAGAUGAACUGAAUCUCGUAGCCCUUUCGCGGUCGCCGUCUCAGCGAUCAGUCAGUCAUCGCAGUCAAUCCCUGACCCACUGUACGCCUCGUUCGAAAUCUCGUACAUUUUCGCCGCGUUCCCCUCAACCUGUAAAUGCCGCCCUCGACGAGGCGAGUGAGGUCCAGGAAGUACUCGUCGACUUGGAGGAAAGAAUGGACGUGUCCAUGGAGGAAGCUAGAGAACCCUCACCCGAUCUCAUCCUUCCAUCGUCUUCGCCUGUCCAGAAAAUUACCCCCCGCACCGUAGUCUAUACCACUGUGGACGUCGCAUCUAUUCAGCCCUCCCUCCUCAUUCCCACCCCCACGUCUCCGGUGGCUGAUCCGGCGUUCAGCUUCGAUGAGGCCGAUAGCGAGCCGCCUGAUGAGAUACCAUCUGCUGCCUCAACACCCGUAGAGGCGUCACGGAAUCAAAAUCAAAAUCAACAACAACAAAAACAUCAUCAUUUUAACCCCGCCUACAGUCUACCUCCGAUCAAAUCAUUGCCUCCUGAAUAUAUCCGCAAGGGCAAGUCUGCCAAACAGAAAAAGCGAGACAAGGAACGUGACAAAGCAGACGGGAAAAUCAAGGAUGAAUGGACACCCAUGGGCCUGACCAAGUGGGGUGCGACCAUCCGUGCAAACCCCGUCUGGAAGAAGGUCUCUCGUGCCACCAAGUGCUUGAGCACGCGUGAGUGGGGUGUUGCCAUUGCCGAAUUAAGGCUCACGCGCGCCCUUGAACGUGUUGAAAGCCUUGAAAAUGUCGCAAAGUGGAGUUAUAGGCAGCCCAAAAGACAAAAGAAUCUCGGAGGUCUAACCAAGACCCACUGGGACUAUCUUAUGGACGAAAUGAAAUGGAUGCGUGUUGAUUUUCGGGAGGAGCGACGCUGGAAAUAUGUUCUCGCGUUUAACCUGUCGACUGCUGUACUGGAGUGGCAUGAUGCGGGGAGUCGCGAGGAGAGGGUCAGGCUUGGCAUAUGUGUUUUGUGGAAGCGACCCAGGUCUUCUCAAAAUGCUCCUGCGGAAGAUGUAGACAUCGACUCGCGGCCUGCGGAGCACAAUAGGUAUACCCCUAUGGCAGACGAGUCCGAUGGCGAUGAGGAGGAGGGAGAGGCGGAGCAAAGAGAUAUCGCAGACGCUCUAGAGUCGCGCAACGCAUUAGAAGAAGCACUGGAUGGAACAGGAUCUAACGAGUCCACGGACAGUAGUCAGCACCAAACUCCAGGCCCCGACCAUGUUCAGCCCAAAGUUGAAGAUGUUGAAGAUCCUUCAGCUCUACAGGACUCAAAUAUGAUGAAGGUGGACACGCAGCAGGAAGACCAGGCCAAGGUCGAGAAUGAUGAUCAAACUGGUCUCAAGGCGGAUUCGGCAGACCCCAAUCUUGCCUCGCAGCAAAAUACGCAGUCCGAUGCUGCUCCUACGGAAUCAUCAUCCAAAGCGUCCAAGGCGAGUUUGUAUGCACCGCUCAGAGAGCAGAUCGCAUACUCCGACGAGCGAAAGCUUUUCCUUGACGAUGACGACCUCGUCCUUGUCAAAGCACUCUGUGAUCUGACCACGGACGACUCUGGUAUUGAGCCAUCGCUACCCAUCCCUGAUCUGUCGGACAUUUUCCCCGACCUUCAACCGCUCGACAUGCCAGAUGUUGCUUCUGGCUCGAACGAGGGGAAGAAGAAGGAUAAGAGGUCGGGAGAGGAUAACAGGCGUGUUGAGGAUGCAGGGUUCACAAAGAUGGCACCGUUGGGUCGGUUCAUGCACUGCAAGCCGACGCUUCUUGGGCCUUUGCAACCUGCUAGGCAUUGGGUGAAUGGGGAGUGGAUGUUCGCUGAAGAAGCAGCAGUAGCUGUGGAUUUCGAUAGCGCAAUUGGGAAGACAGUGGAUGAUACUGCCUCAGACCUUUUUGAGGGCAGUAGACCAUCCGCAGUCGGUUCCCUUGGACUGCCAUCAAAAGACGGCAAGAAGCGUUCGGAGCAUCUUUGGAGCUCCGAUGAAGACUCCCUUCUCAAAACCCUCGUGGAGAGAUAUCCUAAUAACUGGCUGCUAGUUGCGGACUCAUUCAACUCCUCGCGUGUUACUAUUUCUACCGAUAAACGAACUCCCUGGGAAUGCUUCGAGCGUUGGAGCAGCCGCCUUGGUAGUGGACACAGGCUCCAUCCUGAUGUCAACUCCCCUGUCAACACGGAGCGCACGCCGCCACCAGCAUCAACCUCAGCUCAAGGGCAGAUGACCACGAGAGGUGUUAAGCGAUUAGCUACCGGCUUGACAUCUGACGCCAAAAAACGGCGGAGACAUACAUUCAUGUAUGAGACGAUGCGCAAAGCUGCGAAGAAGCGCGAAGCAGCACAAAAAGCAUCUAUGAAUCAGCGAAAGGCAUCCAAUGUUCAUGAUACACAUGGGCAGUAUCAAAAAAUGCCUAAACUGACACCAGCUGAACUUAGUCGUAUGAAGUAUGAGAAAGAGUCAAGGGAGCAACAAGAACUACUCCUUGCCCGACGUCGCCACGAGGAACUUACCCGUCAGGCAAUGAUGCAGCGUGACCCAAGGCUGCAAGCCGCCGCAGCCGCAGCUGGUCAACCCCAGCAGGCAGCAGUGGCAGCGGCAGCGGCAGCGGCAGCCCAGCAACAACAGCCAAAUGGGACACCGAGACCAGCAGCCCAGCCUGCACAAGCUGUCGCGCAAAUACGGAAUCAGCCUGUAGCACAGGUCAAUAUUUCUCAGCAGCAGAGAAUGCCAACACCAAUGGCAUCGGCAGCCGUUCCAGGGGCUCGCAUAUCUCCUCAGCACUUGUUGCAAGCUCAAGCCGUCCAAGCUCGUGCCAUCGCUGCAGCCGCACAGGCCCAAGCCCAAGCCCAAUCCCAAUCCCAAUCCCAAGCGCCGGUCCAAGGUAGCCCUGUUCCUACCAUUAACGGACUUCCUGCUGGUGCCCACCUGCCACCUCCAUAUCAGUCGCGGGCUGCAACGUCAUCGCCUGGCGCAGCACCGCAAGCAACUCCUCCACGUAACAUAGGCACGCCAUCCAACGCUGUGUCUCCCCGACCACCCUCCGCGCAACCCCAACUCCCCAUGCAGCCUCAGAUGCCUGUAAAUGUUGUUCCACGGCAGGCUCAUUACUUCCCGGUGGUGGCUACACUUCCUGGUGGUCAUUUCACACAGGAACAGAUGGACCAGGCCCUUCGGUUGAUGCAGCAUCGGACUAUGGCUCAGGCACAGCAGAAUAGCCAGUAUCCUUCGCAGACCUGA